GCCCGCGGAGGACUCGACUCACUGGUGAGCGCUUUCAGUCGGGAGGAUCUGGCCCGACUUCGGGUUUCUCCGGGCCGGGAGCUGGGAACCGGCCGGGCUGCGAGCAUCCCCAGGUCAGGAUCGCUGCGCAUGUUACACUGAGGCGCUCUGUGGAGGCGAGGGCUGGAAGUCCCCAGAUUUGCUACCCUCGGUCCCAGGGGGCUUUGAGAUCCCACAUCUGGGGUGGCGUUGGACCCGGCUCCUGCCCACUUAACCCUGUGACCCUACUGUGUCAUCUUGUGUUAUGGGAAUAAAGACCCGCCUGCGAUCUGACGCAGAUCUAGCACCAGAUGCAGAGUUAAACUGAAAGAAAAGCAAAGACCUUUAAAAAGUCAUUUGGAAACAAGCCCAAAAUAUUUUAAACUGUGGAUAAGCCGCUACAGAGAAAUUGACCCAAAGGAAACUACCUGAAUAACUGAGACAGGUUUAUGUUUGCAUCAUCGAUUCUAUCCAGGAGCUGAGGAGUCUCCCUUUGAAUCGAAGGACUGUGCAAAGAUGACCUUCCAGUUUAAUUUCACUAUAGAAGACCAUCUAGAAAAUGAAUUAACGUUCCUUGGAGAUGGAGCUUUGAUCCCAAAUUCCUCAAAAGCGUCUUCAGUCUCAGAAAGUCAAGAAGGUGAGCCCAGGGACACGGCAUGUUCUACAGAGCAGUCGGACUUGUCUCAGGGUCACUUGGGGCGACACAAGCCGGUGGGAAUCACAGCUCCCUCCCAAGACACACACUGCUCACUCGGUGCAGCUAACAGUUCCCUUCACUUGGAGCCCCGUGAAGGACAGCCAUGCUUGAGACUUGCCAAGGAGCAUUCUGUGCCUGCAGACUUACAGAAAACGCUAGAAAAUAAAGUGGUGGAAACGUCACCAGGCCUCCAGCACCUUAACGUAUCCGUAGUGAAAACCAUCUUGUUGAAAGAGAACUUCCCCGGAGAAAACAUAGUUUCAAAAAGCGUUUCUUCUCACUCUGAUCUGAUUACCGGUGUUUACGAAGGAGGCUUAAAAAUCUGGGAAUGUACCUUUGACCUCCUGGCUUAUUUCGAAAAGGCCCAAGUGAACUUUGCUGGGAAAAAAGUAUUGGACCUUGGCUGUGGAUCAGGGUUGCUGGGUAUAAGAGCUCUCAAGGGAAGGGCCAAAGAAGUUCAUUUUCAAGAUUAUAACGGAAUGGUGAUUGAUGAAGUAACCUUACCGAAUGUAGUGGCUAACUCCGCUUUGGAAGAUGAAGAAAAUGAUGGAAAUGAACCAGAUGUGAAAAGACGCAGGAAGUCAGAAGUAGCACGAGAACUAGGGAAAUGCCGGUUCUUUUCCGGGGAGUGGUCUGAGUUUUGUAAGCUUGUGCUAACCAGUGAAAAACUCUUUGAAAAAUAUGAUCUCAUUCUCACCUCCGAGACCAUUUACAAUCCGGAUUAUUAUGGUCCUUUGCACCAAACACUCCUUCACUUGCUGGAUGAAAAUGGGCGGGUGCUUUUGGCCAGCAAAGCGCAUUAUUUUGGAGUAGGUGGAGGUAUCCAUCUCUUUCAGAAGUUUGUAGAAGAAAGGAAUGUAUUUGAGACUAGAACACUAGAAAUAAUCGAUGAAGGACUAAAAAGAUUCCUCAUUGAAAUGGCUUUUAAGUUCCCUAGUUAA